GCCCCUUUGCUUAAGAAAAAAGCCUCGCUGCACCAACUCGAUCGCCAAGUACAGGUUCUAUCUCACUCGUCGAUGCCGUCUUUCAUCGACGGCCCCAGUCUCCGGUCGCUGCUCCGGCCGUCCACAAACGGGCGCCGGACCAAGACCCCAGACAGCGCCGGUGGCGGCGGCGGCGACGGCAAAGGAGGCGGGCAUGGAGGAGGGAUCUUCAAGAUGUUCAAGCUCAUGCCGAUGCUCUCGUCGGGGUGCAAGAUGGUGGCGCUGCUGGGCCGGCACAACAGCAGGGCGCUCCUCGCCGACCACGCGACGACGGUGACGCUCUUCGGCCACCGGCGCGGCCGCGUCAGCCUGGCCAUCCACGAGGACACCCGCGCGCCGCCGGUGUUCCUCAUCGAGCUGCCCAUGCUCACCAGCGCGCUGCACAAGGAGAUCGCGUCCGGGGUGGUCAAGCUCGCGCUGGAGAGCGACACCCGCAGCGCGCGCCGCCGGCUCGUGGAGGAGUACGUGUGGGCCGUCUUCUGCAACGGCCGCAAGGCCGGCUACUCCAUCCGCCGCAAGGACGCCUCCGACGACGAGCGCCACGUCAUGCGCCUGCUCCGCGGCGUCUCCAUGGGCGCCGGCGUGCUGCCGGCCGCGCCCGAGAAGGACGGCGGCGUGCCCGCGGGGCCCGACGGGGAGCUCACGUACGUGCGCGCCCGCGUCGAGCGCGUCGUCGGCUCCAAGGACUCCGAGGCGUUCUACAUGAUCAACCCCCACGAGGGUGGCGUUGGAGGCGACGGUGGCGGCGACGACGACGGCAGCGCACCGGAGCUGAGCAUUUUCCUAGUGAGAAUGAAGUGAACAAAGUAAAGAGAUCAGUGCUUCGUCUUCCGUAUAGUAGCAACUCCAAUGCAGCGACCCAAACAGACGCUUAUUUUGCUUCUCUUUCUGGAUACCCUCAAUCCCUCAUGCGAGCAGGUCACAUCAGUUUUCGGCGAAAUUGGAAUAUACAUAGAGAGAUUAUGUGUAAUAUAGCAAGUUUAAUGUACAUAUCCAUCCAUGCUGGACAGUUACCUC